CCCCCGUAUUUAUGGGUUAGCAGAAGCGAAGACUCCCCAGAUCCCGUCGAUGGUAAAUUAAAUUCUAGACGAAAUGUCAAAUCAUCCUGGGCCGUCGGUCGUGAUCGGUUCGCUGUCCGUGCUGAGUUCCUAGUCGGAUUCGGCUGGUUUUUUCCAUGAUUUUCUACCGUCGGCGGCCCUCUGGAAAAUCCGACUGACGACCGCCUCUCUGGAACGCCAGGGGCCGAUUUUCCCCUUUUCCACGUCGUCCCGUUUUCACGUUUUCCGAGGGAAGAGGGACGCCCGUGAAACUGUGGCUUCCAUCCUCUACGCCCUGUUUAGGAAGAUGUCGAAAGGUUCGGAGGAGGCAAAGAAGGGCCAGGCGACGGACAACAAGAAGCCCGGAGGCUAUCAUUCAGAUUCGUCUUGUUCUCCUAUGUUGCAGGACGCUAGUGGGGAGAGCCUGAGCCUGUCGCAAGAGUCUACAACCGAAGUUGUCACAACAAGGCAAAACCUCCCCACCAGCAAUCAGAAGAGAGUGAAUAGAAGGAGCUCGGAAUGGGAGAUAAUCGAGGGUUUGAGAGAUGGACAGAGGUACGAGACGAAACCUGAUGUCUUCACCGGUUACCUGCACAAGAAGCGAAAAUGGCCCCUUAAAGGUUGGCACAAGAGGUAUUUUGUCUUGGAUACGGGUUUAUUGAAAUAUGGGAAAAGCCCUAAUGAUGUUUCGAGGGGAAAGAUACACGGGUCAGUGGACAUAGCACUCUCGGUUAUAUCGACUAAAUCGAAACGUAAACGUAUUGACAUCGAUGCGGAAGAGUUCAUUUAUCAUCUGAAAGCCAAGCAGUACGACAUAUUUGAAGACUGGGUCGAACAACUAAAAAGACAUCGGCUUUAUCGGCAACACUUGCUUAACUUUGGGGCUAGCGUGCCCUCAAAGGACGUCGGCCCCAAUAAGCUUCCUCUCUCUCGCAAGCUCGCUUCUGAUGGUGGUUCUCCCCCUCUCCGUCUGCAAUGGGUCAUGGAUAGCGGCCCACUGCAAGUCGCAGUCACUGAGCUCAAUCACACUCAGCAAGCACUCAGUCAACUUGGUCGCAUACUGGAACAGCUGGAACUUUCAAGCACAGAACCUGAGAAUGCAAAUGACGGUUUUUCACCAAAUGUGAAAAAGGACAGGAAGAAGUUCGGCUUAAGAAAGAAGAAGUCAAACAAGGGCAGUUCUGUCGAUUUGACGGUGACGACGAAAGAUGUUGAAAAUAACCUCACUGCUCAAAUUAUGAGCUCGCCUACUCCUAUCCGGCCAUCAUCGCUCACGACUGAGCAUCAUAUUCCUUACUCCUCAAGUGGACUUCUAGACAUAAACCUCGCAUCGGACUUUGUCGUCCUUGCAAAGGACGUUUACACUUCGCUCAAGUCUAUAACAUAUACUAUUCACACCGAAAAAGAUCGGUUUAAAGGUUCGCCUGACGAUAGGAUAAAAUCUGCUCUUGCCGUAGCACUCAAACAGAACAAUGAACUCCGAACACGACUGGGCAGCAUCAGCAGGACUUCUGACAUAGCAGAUCUUCCAGAACCAUUUACUUUAAACCAUUUUCAGGAGGUAUGGGACUUUCAGACAAGAAUUCUGCAUUCUUCACUUUCAAGGAACUCGUGCGCUUCAGAGUUCUACGAUGCUGAAGAAGGUGAUGCAUCUGAUCUUCCUGAGACUGGAGCGACAUCCGACGCAUCUUCCAUUGCAGGUUCAUCUGAAGAAGGUGGUUCUGAAUCCUCUGAAGUGUCUGACAUGGCUGACUCAGAAUAUAACAUCACACAAGACACACAAGAUAGUUCAGGCUACAGGUCGAACAACACAAAUCUUACUGGAAGGCGCAACAAGUUGCCGGCACCGUCUCCAGACUCACAAGGGCUUUCACUCUGGCAGCUCCUAUCUAAGAACAUAGGAAAGGAUCUCUCUCAAGUCUCGAUGCCUGUUGGGUUGAGUCAUCCACUCAGUGUGCUUCAGAGGUUAUGUGAAGAUCUCGAGUACUCGGAACUUCUCGAUAAAGCGGCAUCCCUUUCUGACCCAGUGGAGAGAAUGGUACACGUAGCUGCUUUUGCAAUAUCGUCAUACUCGUCUUCAUACCUACGCGCGUCAAAACCUUUCAACCCGCUUCUCGGUGAAACGUAUGAGGCCGUAAGAGAAGAUCGCGGUUUUCGUUUUAUAUCCGAACAGGUCAGCCACCAUCCUCCAAUCAGUGUGUGCCACGCCGAGUCGAAGAACUACACCUUCUGGCAGGAAUUCAGGAUUAAAACCAAGUUUUGGGGGAAGUCAAUGGAAUUCCAGCCUUCGGGCAUCCUCUGCCUCGAAUUAGAACGUCCCGAUGGCGGAAAGAGAGAUUCUUACAAGUGGAAUAAAGUCACUGCUUGCGUCCACAACCUCUUUUCCGAUAAUCGUUGGGUCGAACAAUACGGAACAAUGACGAUUGAAAACAAAAAUCAUAACUGCAUAGUUGAGUUCAUCAGGGCUAGUUAUUUUUCACCCCAGCGAUACGAGCUUCAUGCAAAAAUUAUAGAAAACGCACAGAAAAAAGAAGUGCAGAAAUUAUUCGGAAGGUGGAACGAGGCGCUUUAUGUGGGUGAGAAUGUACCUAGUGCCAGGUGUGUCUGGCGUCCGGGUACAAUGCCACCUGACUACAAUCUCUACUACGGUUUUACAAGAUUUGCGAUAGAGCUCAACGAACUUCAACCCGAUAUGAUCAACGUUCUUCCUUGCACCGAUACCAGGUUUAGGCCGGAUCAAAGACUACUCGAAGAAGGAAAGAUAGAGGAUGCCGAACGUGUGAAACUACAGCUCGAACAGUCUCAACGAGAGCGUCGAAAGAAAUUGGAAAGCGAAGGGCAGGUUUAUGAGCCACGUUGGUUUCGGAAGACGACAAACGAAGACAAGGAGGAAAUAUGGCAAUAUAAGGGAAAUUACUGGGAUCUCAGAAAGAACCCAGGCUUUGUUAAUCUCAAAAUUGAGCCAAUCUGGUAAUAUUAAUACAUUACACAAAAACAAAAAAAGCAAAAAAUAUAUAAACUUACAAAAAAAAUCGUAAACGUUUGAUAAAGCUCUUUCAUUUUUUUUCUUUGCGCUCUCUAUUUCAAGCUCUCACUCUCUCUCUCAUUGAUAUUAUUGUUAUAAUUCCCUAAACAUUUAUUAAUCCAUAAACUUUAUUUAUUUAUAGAACAUUCGGGCUUCUGCUAGUAAUCUCUUGAUAUUAAUUUUCUCACCCGCUUCCCCUUAUUAAGUUGUUAUCGGGUCUGGGCUUAAGAGUCCUUUUAGAGAAUUUAAAGUAUUUACAACCUUUAAAUAAACAAUGACUUAAUUUUUCAUACAAAACGAACACUCAUAGAUAUGAUCAAUUAUGCUUUAAUUAAAUUUUUAAACUAAUUUUUUUAUAGUAGUAACAACGAGUUACACAUGUAUAACAGAACAAGUAAAGUUGUAAAUGUUGCCCAUUGUCCCAAGGCACUACUGGUAAGGCAUUUAAAAAAAUUAUGAAUUUUUUAUGGUACAUGUAUACUUCUUAUGAUAUAGCAUACUUUUUAUUUAAUUACACUUGCAGCUUCAAGCCAUCAGAAAUUAGAAUAUUAAUUGUUAAUUUUAUUAUUUUAAGUAUAAAAAAGUGUUUACCCUUCAUGCAUUUUGCUGCAAUGUUUUUGAAAUAAUGCAAACUGUGCGUCUUCCUUUGCCACUUUAUGCCUGGGCCCAUUGUAUUUUUUUUGUAAAAUAAUUUUUAUACAUUAAUUAAUUUUUAAAUUUUAGUUUAUUAGCAUUUUAUGCAAUUCGUCGCCGUUUUUUGCUCCAUGUCCCACCUGCCAAAAAAAAAUCUUCCAAAGAUAAAAAAGAAAAAAAAAAUCAUGCAGUUGAAGGCAAAUUAAAAAUAAAACAAUAGGGGCAACAAUGAAUUAACUUAAAAUGCACUUAGAUAAGAA